CAUCAAUUGAGAAAUUGUUUCGCAAUAGCUCUCGUUGAACAUGCUCUCCCCGACCCAUCUAUCUAGACUCUUUGCCAUCUGCACCGCCCUCCUCCUCCUCGCCGCCUUCCCAACGACCGUAAGCGGAGCAACCGGUACCUUGACCCCGCGCCACGAGGCCUCCCGCAGCCAACCUCACCACGGCGACAGUCGAAACGGCGGGCACGUCUUCCCCUUUUUGCGAUGGCUCCGUGACAGCGCGGUCGAGGCCGUAUUCGGGCGGCCGGAGAGUAGAGGCGGGAGCAGAGGCGGGGCCGGUAGGGGGAAGGACGGCUCGGCCAAGCGGUACGGGGGAGCUACCCAGUCGCGGUACCUCGACGACGUCGUCGUCCGGUUCAACGUCACCAGCUCGGAGGAGGAGGGCGCCCUGUCGGAGGCGGCAGACAGGCUGUUCCUGGACGUGUGGGCCUUCACGGACGAGUACGUCGAUGUCAGGCUGCCCAGGGAUGACCUCGCGUCCCUCAUGACCCUGCUGCCGACGUCGAUGCAGCCGUCGGUGCUCAUACCGGACGUCGCGGCUGCGGUGUGGGCCACGUACCCGUCGGGUCCGUCCGAGAAGAAGAUCUUGGGGCCGGACUGGGUCGACCCGGCGAUGGUGAAGACGUCGACAGAUGGCGUAGACCAUGUCUUUUUUCAAAACUACCAGCCACUUUCGGUUAUAACAAGUUGGCUGCGGCUUCUCGAGGCCAUGUUUCCGUCAUACGUGCACAUGACCACCAUCGGGAAGUCGUACGAAGGGAGGGAUAUUAUGGGCGUACGAUUGGGGGCGCGCAGCGAAGGCAAUACUAAGCCUGGCAGCAGGAGGAAGACCAUCCUCAUUACGGGAGGCAUCCAUGCUCGCGAAUGGAUAUCUACCAGCACCGUCAACUAUCUCCUGUGGUCGCUCACGACAGCUUACGGAAAGGAACCGUUGAUCACCAAACUUCUACAAAACUUCGACUUCAUCUUCGUCCCAGUCGUCAACCCAGACGGAUACGAGUACACCUGGGAAUACGAUCGGCUAUGGCGGAAGUCGAGGCAGCAGACCAGCAUGCGGUUCUGCCGCGGCCUUGAUCUGGACCGCGCCUUCGGCUAUAAGUGGGAGUCGGCCAGACACCAGAGAGACCCGUGCUCCGAGAGCUACGGCGGGGAUCAGCCGUUCCAGGCGGUGGAGGCAUCCACGCUUGCCGACUGGGCCAGGAACGAAACCGGGCACGGCGUCGAGUUCUUCGGUUACCUCGACCUGCACUCAUACUCCCAGCAGAUACUGUUCCCUUACUCCUAUACUUGUUCCGUCGACCCGCCGAACCGCGAGAACCUCGAGGAGCUGGCCGCAGGGCUGGCAAAGGCUGUGAGGCUGUCUAGCGGGGAGUUCUAUGCCAUCCGAUCGGCAUGCGAAGGUGCCAUAUCGAGGGCUUACAGUGCCAGUGGCUCACUGUCCAGGAUCGAAACUGGUGGUGGUUCUGCUAUUGACUGGUUCUACCACGAGAUGAAGGCGCGUUUCAGCUACCAAGUGAGGCUAAGGGAUACUGGAACCUUUGGCUUCCUCCUCCCGUCUGAACAUAUCGUGCCCACCGGAGAGGAGAUGCUAAAUGCCGUCAAGUACUUUGGCGAUUACCUCCUAGGAAACAAUGGUAUUGAGAGUCUCUCGGUUGAGAAACAAUCAGAGGCAGGGGAUUCGGGCGAAUUGGUGGACUUGAAGAGGCGAAAACGGAGGUAGACCCUAUGGAUGUCAAAAUGAGAGGGCCAGGGCUAGAACGAAGGAGGGGCGGUUCAUUGCUUCCUUGUCUUAUACAUGCUCGGAAGUCAUAUCAUUGGGCCGACUGGAUCUGGAUGGGCGAAAGGCGUUAAAGGGGCUGGCUGGAUAUUAAUAAGUCUCCAGCCCGAUCAUCCGGGACAUGAAAGGGAAGGAACGGCGUUUAGGAGGAUGAAUGGAAUUUGAUUCGGUUACGAUGGUCGCCAUGUAUGUACUAUGCGUACAUAAUUGGAUGAUGAGAUCCAUUGCUGCUAGUCAGCCGCAGUCAUGGACGUCAGAGCUGGAAUCACGUAGGUAUACCAACCCACAGUUAUUUAACUGGAGGACAUUACUCCUAAAUGCAAGACAUCA